ACUUUGCGCUCCGAGUAGAACCACCCUUUGCUGGCCAGUCGCGUCGCUCCUCCAAGGAAGCCAGCGGCGGUGGCGACUGGGCGGAAAGAGGACGAAAGGAAGCCAGAGAGGAAGCAGCGGGCACAGGAGCAAAAUGCAGCCGGCGCUGGGGGAGCCCGCGAGAGCCCUGCCCACGGAGGAGCGGGGAGCUUUGGGCUUCUUUGGCGCUUCCCGGGCGUGAACCUCUCCUGCACGACCCCAAGGGAAAUAAGGGGGUCUUGCCUGGGCGGAAAAGGAAAAGACUCCAAGUGAGCGCGUCUCCUUCUUCUCGCCUCCCAGCUCCCCGCUAGGAGCUCGGGCGUUCUCCGCCCAGCCUCCCCGGCGGGACCCGACGCAGUGCUCCAGUCGCCCUGCAGAUGGGGCGGGCGGGGAACGGGCGCCCAGGACGCGGGUGACCAGCGCGGGCCCGCCCGCCUGCCCGGCUCCGCGCGGGGGACCGGGCGGGUGGAGGAUGUGAAGCGCCGGGACCCGGGGAGCUGAGAUCGCCGAGGGCGCGCCGAGCUCCAAGUUGCAUGGCCCGCACGCCGCGGCUGCGGCGGCUCCCGGGACCGCUCCCCCGCGUCGAGUGAGCUGCGCUCGGGACCCGGGGGGCGGAGACCUUAGGCUGCGGCUGCAGGCGGACGAGCCGGGCGCUGGAGGGGGCGCGCUUUCUCCCUGCGGGUCUCAGUAAUGAGGAGACUGAGUUUGUGGUGGCUGCUGAGCAGGGUCUGUCUGCUGUUGCCGCCGCCCUGCGCCCUGGUGCUGGCCGGAGUGCCCGGUUCCUCCUCGCACCCGCAGCCCUGCCAGAUCCUCAAGCGCAUCGGGCACGCGGUGAGGGUGGGCGCGGUGCACUUGCAGCCCUGGACUCCGGCCUCCGGCUCCGCCAACCGCUCUCCGGACGGCCACCGGGCAGGGGUGCAGCGGGAUGAGCCCGACCCAGGCUCUUGGCGGCCCCCCGCGCCCUCUUCGGGCGCACGCUGGUCGGGAAGCGCCCUCCAUGGCCGGGGCCCGCCGGGCGUCCGGAAGCCCGGGGAGGGCACCGCGGCCGAGACCCUGUGGCCACGGGACGCCCUCCUGUUCGCCGUGGACAACCUGAACCGCGUGGAGGGACUGCUGCCCUACAACCUGUCUCUGGAAGUCGUGAUGGCCAUCGAGGCGGGCCUGGGCGACCUGCCGCUCUUGCCCUUCUCCUCCCCGAGCUCGCAGUGGAGCAGCGACCCUUUCUCUUUCCUGCAAAGCGUGUGUCACACCGUCGUGGUGCAGGGGGUCUCGGCGCUGCUCGCCUUCCCCCAGAGCCAGGGCGAGAUGAUGGAGCUCGACUUGGUCAGCUCGGUCCUGCAUAUUCCGGUCAUCAGUAUCGUGCGCCACGAGUUUCCGCGGGAGAGUCAGAAUCCCCUUCACCUACAACUGAGUUUAGAAAAUUCAUUAAGUUCUGAUGCUGAUGUCACUGUCUCAAUCCUGACCAUGAACAACUGGUACAAUUUUAGCUUGUUGCUGUGCCAGGAAGACUGGAACAUCACCGACUUCCUCCUCCUAACCCAGAAUAAUUCCAAGUUCCACCUUGGGGCUAUCAUCAACAUCACUGCCAACCUAUCCUCCACUGAGGACCUCUUAAACUUCCUGCAGGUCCAACUUGAGAGCAUAAAGAACAGUACAUCCACCAUGGUGAUGUUUGGUUGCAACAUGGAAAGUAUUCGGCGGAUCUUUGAAAUUACCAUCCAGUUUGGGGUAACGCCCCCUGAGCUGCGUUGGGUUUUGGGAGAUUCCCAGAACGUUGAGGAACUGAGGACAGAAGGUCUGCCCUUAGGGCUCAUUGCUCAUGGGAAAACUACACAGUCUGUCUUUGAGUACUAUGUACAAGAUGCCAUGGAACUGGUAGCGAGAGCUGUCGCCACAGCCACCAUGAUCCAACCAGAACUUGCUCUCAUUCCCAGCACGAUGAACUGCAUGGAGGUGGAAACUACAAAUGUCACGUCAGGACAAUACCUAUCCAGGUUUCUGGCUAACACCACUUUCAGAGGGCUCAGUGGUUCCAUCAGAGUAAAAGGCUCCACGAUCAUCAGCUCAGAAAAUAAUUUUUUCAUCUGGAAUCUACAACAUGAUCCCAUGGGACAGCCUAUGUGGACCCGCUUGGGCAGCUGGCAAGGAGGAAAGAUUGUCAUGAACUAUGGAAUAUGGCCAGAGCAGGCCCAGAGGCACAAAACCCACUUCCAGCACCCAAGCAAGCUGCACUUGAGAGUGGUUACAUUGAUAGAACAUCCAUUUGUCUUCACACGGGAGGUUGAUGAUGAAGGUUUGUGCCCUGCUGGCCAACUCUGUCUAGACCCCAUGACUAAUGACUCUUCCAUAUUGGACAGCCUUUUUAGCAGUCUCCAUAGCAGUAAUGACACUGUGCCCAUCCAAUUCAAGAAGUGUUGCUAUGGAUAUUGCAUUGAUCUGCUGGAAAAGUUGGCCGAAGACAUGGACUUUGACUUUGACCUCUAUAUUGUUGGAGAUGGAAAGUACGGCGCUUGGAAAAAUGGUCAUUGGACUGGGCUGGUCGGUGAUCUCCUGAGUGGAUCUGCUCACAUGGCAGUCACUUCCUUCAGCAUUAAUACUGCACGAAGUCAGGUGAUAGAUUUCACCAGUCCUUUCUUCUCCACAAGCUUGGGCAUCUUAGUGAGGACCCGAGACACAGCAGCUCCCAUUGGAGCCUUCAUGUGGCCACUCCACUGGACAAUGUGGCUGGGGAUUUUUGUGGCUCUGCAUAUCACUGCCAUCUUCCUCACUCUCUAUGAAUGGAAGAGCCCCUUUGGUAUGACUCCCAAGGGCCGGAAUAGAAGUAAAGUCUUUUCCUUCUCAUCAGCCUUGAAUGUCUGUUAUGCCCUCCUGUUUGGUAGAACAGCAGCCAUUAAACCCCCAAAGUGCUGGACUGGAAGGUUUCUAAUGAACCUUUGGGCCAUUUUCUGUAUGUUUUGCCUUUCCACAUACACGGCUAACUUGGCUGCUGUCAUGGUAGGUGAGAAGAUCUAUGAAGAGCUUUCUGGAAUACAUGACCCUAAGCUACACCAUCCUUCCCAAGGCUUCCGCUUUGGAACCGUCCGAGAAAGCAGUGCUGAAGAUUAUGUGAGGCAAAGUUUCCCAGAGAUGCAUGAGUAUAUGAGAAGGUACAAUGUACCAGCCACCACUGAUGGAGUAGAAUAUCUAAAGCAUGAUCCAGAGAAACUAGACGCCUUCAUCAUGGACAAAUCCCUUCUGGAUUAUGAAGUGUCAAUAGAUGCUGACUGCAAACUUCUAACUGUGGGGAAACCAUUUGCCAUCGAAGGAUAUGGCAUUGGUCUCCCACCAAACUCUCCACUGACUUCCAAUAUAUCUGAGCUAAUCAGUCAGUACAAGUCACAUGGAUUUAUGGAUGUUCUGCAUGACAAGUGGUACAAGGUGGUUCCCUGUGGCAAGAGAAGUUUUGCUGUCACUGAGACCCUGCAGAUGGGCAUCAAACACUUCUCUGGACUCUUCGUGCUGCUGUGCAUCGGAUUCGGUCUGUCCAUCUUGACCACCAUUGGUGAGCACAUUGUGUACAGGCUGCUGCUCCCACGAAUCAAGAACAAAUCCAAACUGCAGUACUGGCUCCACACCAGUCAGAGAUUACACAGAGCACUGAAUGCCUCAUUUGUAGAGGACAAGCAGCAGCGCUUUAAGACCAAACGUGUGGAAAAGAGGUCUAACCUGGGGCCCCAGCAGCUCACCGUGUGGAACACUUCCAAUCUGAGUCAGGACCACCCUCGCAAGUACAUCUUCAGUGAAGAGGGUGGACAAAAGCAGCUGGGCAUCCAGCCCCCGCAGGACAUCCCUCUGCCGUCCCGGAAGAGAGAGCUCCCUGCCUUGCUGACCACCAAUGGGAAAGCGGACUCCCUGGGCGGGGCGCGGAACUCGGUGAUGCAGGAACUCUCAGAGCUCGAGAAGCAGAUCCAGGUGAUCCGGCAGGAGCUGCAGCUGGCUGUGAGCAGGAAAUCAGAGCUAGAGGAGUAUCAAAGGACAAAUUGGACUUGCGAAUCCUAGGUGAUCCUGCUGCUCCCCAGGCCGGUCCCAGGCAUUCCUCUGAGCCCUUGACACUUUGUAAUGCCCUUUUGUAACCACCAGGGUUGUGGGAGGCGGAAACAAGGUUUUCUUAGAGGUUCUGCUGCCGUCCUCCGCCUGAAAAGCAGUCACGGCUCUUCCCCCGCUCGCUCUCUAGGUCUCCAGGGUAGACAGGCUCCUUAGGAGGGAGGCGGUCAAAAGCUCCGUGUAAGGAAUCUGUGACGAAUCAGACAAGCCCAGCUCCUGUUAACCUUUUCACCAGGUGCCACAGUAAAAAUUCUGGUUUUUAGCCCUUUCUCUGCACUAUCAACUACAAGAGAUAAAAUUGUGACUCCUACCCGGAUCUUUCUGGGUGGUCGGUUUUAAUCUUAGCAUAGAAACAAGAUUAUCCAGGGUUGUGACUUUUGAUACAACUCCCCCCUCUUUGAUUUGUUCCUACAUUCUGGAGGCAGCAAGAAAAAGGUAAGGGCUAGGGAAAGUUAAUAAAGACUUGCGGAUACUCAGAAAACUAGCGGAACUCAUGGGUAUCUCAUUAGGCCAGUGAGGCGGGAAAUCAGGUCAGGGUUUUGACAAGAUCCUUGACCUCCAAGCCCAUCGUGAUUUACAAGUAACAGGAACAUGUUUUUAAGCCCCUCUGAAGGAUACGGGGAUAUGGUGCAUGGGAACAGAGGACCAGCUGAGGGGUGUUAGCGGUGGAUACUGCGCUUUUAGUACACAAUCUCUGAAAACGUUGUUCAGCAUUUUGGCUAAAGAGUGAAUAGGACCAUACUCAUCUAACUGAGUGUCUCCACCGUGGUGUGUGCCUUUUAUAAAGGAAAACAUGGGAGAGAAGCCAAAUAGGGAGGAGGCUUUAGGAAGAAACCAGAAUCUCUGUUAGCUGGAGAGGAGAGAGGAGCCAGCACUAGAGUUGACGACAAGGUCUCUGGCCACACAGUAGGCCACUUUCGGAUCAGCAGUCACCUAUCUCUGAGCUGCAGACAUCCCAGAAGUGACCCUCAGGUUUCUUCACUCAACGACAUGCCCUGUGUUCCCAUGUUUGCAUCAGUAACUAGCAAGGCAAUCUCCCAGCGUCAUACCUCCCUACCACCCAUUUCUAAAGAGGCAAGAGCAGGCUUGCUCCCAGCAGCCCUCCCCUAACUGAUGCCCCUCGACAUCCAUUGGCAGUGAUUUCCCAUUGGCAAAGGGAGCCUGAUAUAACCUUGGUAUAUAUGCCUGGGCGUCCUGUUCACCCCGGGCAACUGCUUCGGCGUACGGAAGGGGAAAGGAAUAUGGGAGCUAAAGAACUUCCAUUUCCAGUGUUAGUGUAGAUCAGAAUCAUUUAGGGGCUCAUUAGAAUGCUGAUUGCCUAGACUCAUCUCCAGAGUCUAAGGGCAGCCUAAAAAUAAGCUCAGAAACUUACUGUGACCCAACGCCCCCAGGUGGCUGCUGCAUAAUACAAAAAGCUGUGCAAAAAGUUCAGCUGCUCCCGGCUUGGAGGAAAGUGAGAACAGGCAUUUUGAGAGCUUUCUAAACUUCAGCACGUACCUGCUGAUUCGCUUUCCAUUCUCCCCCACCCCUCCCGACACACAAACACACACACACACACAUACACUCUCUCUCUCUCUCUCUCUCUCUCUCUCUCUCUCUCUCUCUCUCUCUCUCUCUCUCUCUCUCUCUCUCUCUCUCUCUCUCUCUCUCUCUCUCUCUCUGUCUCUCUCUCUCUCUCUCUCUCUCUCUCUCUCUCUCUCUUCAUUGCCCAUCCCAGGAUACCAGUUUAUCUAUUACUGGCUUUAUCGUUUCAUGAUUCAUUGCUCCACCCCAAUUUGAAUGCCUAUCAUGCAUUCACAGAACUGUGCCAAGUACUGGAGCCUAAAAGAGCUGCAAAGCAUUACAAAGCCUCCUCGAACACAAAAUCUCUCCCUCUGCUUUUGGAUGACAUCCCUGCAUUUCUCCCAAGAACUAUCUGCUCCCCUAGGGAAAGACAGCGCCUUGAGUUGUAAUUAGAAAACACUUUAGCAAUUAGUUAAUUGUCUGAGAAAAAUGGUGGGCGGGUGGGGGGAAUGUAGGUGCAGAGGUGCUGAUGAGGGAGAAGGGAGGGUUCCACAGUUACACUUCAUUAGUCAGUACAGAUAAAAAGGCCUACCUCCAAGGGUACAGGUGAGCUCCAGAAACAGAAGGAUAAUUCUGCUUUGAAAGACCGAACCCUUCCCUCGCUCUCAUCCCAGGCCCAGAAGUAGAUUUGUAACUGCCUUUGGAAGUCCAUGCCCUUAGUUCUCCCCACCCGUCUGCAACAGCUGCAGAUGCAGUAGACUCUGCUGUCAUGCUCGGCACACCCCAAACCUCUGCAUAGCCCAAAGGCUGAUGUACAGGUGUACCUCAACUCACAUAACAGCCAUGCUCCUAAUGUUGUACAUGGACAGUUUUAUAACUUAGCUCAGUCCGAAUGAACUUGAGGAGCUGGCUAUGUAAAGGAACCCAGAGGUGAAUUCUUUUGUAAAGUAAAGAAUCCUUUUGUAAUGCAAUUAAUUAUCCCUUAAUGUAGCCGUUUUGUAAGUCUGGAUUUUUGUAUAUCGCGUUUACCUUAAGCUUCUCUACUGAGGCAUUCUGAGCAGGUGACACACCAGAUGGCCCUGCCUAUACACAAAGACGCCGAGUGCAUGGCUCCUUGGGUACCUUCUGAGGAAUAACUGGGCCAAAACUGUGGCCAGGAAAGCAACAAGAUACAGCAGGGGCUGAAAGCAGGCUCACCACCAUCCACAUCGCUUGAAAUGCCUCCAUGUUCUGGAUAAAGAAAAAAACAACCAUACUUGCUUGUAGUGAAAUGAAGCAGUCUUCAUGUUAAGUAGCAAUGGUUAUUUUUAUCGGUAGUAACUGAACAGUGCUUUGCAAUUUGUGAAACAGUGUGUUGUGUUUCGUAAAAAGGUUUUAUGGAAUGGUGGGUCCUUCGUUCUGUUCUGUUCCACCUCUGUUCUCUCAACUCCCUUUAGACUCCAAACACACAAAGUUGUGGCAUCUUUGGGUGGAGGGUGGUCUUUUUGGUAAAAAAAAAAAAAAAAAGAAAGAGGUAAGAGAUGCUUCUUUGGCUCCCCCGUUAUAAGGUCAGAAGGCUCCCAUGUAUUAGCCAGCCCCAAAGCUGGCAAGCCUGGAACAUAACUAUCUGUCACACAUCCCAACCCUGUUUCAGGAGCGAACCCUUGGCACAAGGGGCACCCCGUUCAGCAUGACUGGGUGAGUUAGACAGAGAGGGCUGCUUGGUUCAUGUAAACACUAGCCCUAAGGGCCCCGGAGUGUGAAUAUCUCAGAAUAGAUGAGCAAACAAUUUAAAGCAACAAGUUAGAAGAAUAACUGGGGCAGACUACGAAGGCAGCCAGCCACUGAGUUGAGGUUUUCAAUGUGCCUGGAAAUGAUUCUCCAUUAUUCACGGAUCUUGCUGCUGUGCAAGGCCUGUGCUGGAGUUGCUGCUUCUGGGCCAAACCAGAGAAGAUGCCAAGCAGAAAUGGAGCACGCUGGGGCGCUAGACUAAUCAGUGUUGGUGCUGAGUCUGUUAGAGCCUUGGAGCUAGUAAGCACUUCUUUGGGCUAAGGAUAGAGAAUGAAAAGCAAAGUAACCACACUACUAGAUCCUCUCUUUCUUCCAGCAACUAUUUUCAUAAGCAAACCAGAAAAGCCAACUAGUGUUCAGACGCAGUGGCCCUCUAGUUAUCAAAACCACUUCACUCUCAGCACUGUUUUACUUAUUCUUUACCCACCCACACCUUUCGGCUAACCCAGGAUUCCCAUUUUAGUUUAGUUACUAAUCGUUUUAUGAAAAACUAACAUGCUUCUCAGUAUUUUCUUAAGGUUUGUAAAGUGUUUGCAUUGUGUCUUCAUUUUGAUGUGUUUGCAAUCGCUCCGCUCCAGGAAGAACUGAAAUGCUGUCUUGUGAGCAUGAUGUGAACAGGCUGUUUUGCUCCAGCCACUUUUCUUGUACAACCACGUGGAUGGACUAGAUGUCCUCAGGUCUUUUCCAUCUUCAGUUUCUAUGACUGUGGAAUAAAUGUUCAGAUAGAAACUUCA